UCUGCUGAAGGCAGCAGAGGAGGUGCAUCUCCCCAAAACACUGCGUUCGCAAUAUGGCGGUGGCCUCAAGGAGUUUGUUCAGCAGGAGGUCUCCUGUUUUGAAGGGACAGAGAAUGAACGGGAGUUCUUCACAACACAGGAGCGUCAGUGGCUUGUGCUGCACCUGCUUCAGACUCUUCGGGCUGGUCCUGAUGACCAGGUGGGCGGGCUGAAGCUUAUUGAGGGACAAGCAAUAGUACCCAAAUGUGUAUCAGCUGGUGUAAUAUCGCAAGUGUUUCCACUACAUGACCUCCCUGCACUCCGGACACUGCAGAAGACCUGGGUGCGUGCAUUCCUGCGCAUGCAGCCGUUAGAUGCAAUCUGUGAUUACUUUGGGGUGAAGAUAACCAUGUAUUUUGCCUGGCUCGGCCACUACACCACAGCUCUGACUGUGCCAGCUGUGGUUGGCUUUGUUUUCUGGAUCGGGUUUUGUGGCAGAGACCAGGCAACAGAAGAUGUGGGCUUUGUUCUCUUCUCAUUUUUCAAUGUGUUGUGGGCCAGCAUAUAUGUGGAGGCUUGGAAGAGGUAUAGUGCAGAGUUGGCGUAUCGCUGGGGCACACUGGACCAGCGCGAUGAUCUGCUUGUGGAGCCCCGUCCACUGUUCACGGGUGUCCUGGAGGUUAGUCCAGUGACUGGUCAGCUGGAGCCAACCUACCCUGUGUGGAAGAGAAACUUGUUCCGCUACCUGGUCAGUGUACCUGUCAUCUUUCUGUGCCUCCUGCUGGUGUUUAUCAUCAUGAUCAUCACACUGCAGCUGCAGGAGUGGUGGGACCAGAAGAUAACAGAGUGGGACUACUUCUUUUGCCUCAGUUACUUGCCUAAGAUCCUGCUGGCAGUUGUCAUCACACUGUUGGAUGAGGCUUACUACAAAGUGGCGUGCUGGCUCAAUGAUAAGGAAAACUACAGGCUUGAGACCAAGUAUGAAAAUCACCUAAUCGUCAAAGUAGCAUUGUUCCAGUUUGUUAAUUCCUUCCUGUCCCUGUUCUACAUCGCCUUUUAUUUACAAGACAUGGAGAAGUUGAAAGAGCAAUUGGCCACGCUGCUGAUUGCAAGACAGGUGAUUGGGAACCUGAAGGAGUCAGCCAUACCAUACAUGCUGGAGCAGCUGCGGCUAGCUAAAAUGAGUUUUGACUUGUUUGGGGCUCUGAGUCCCUCUGAAGCAAAGAAAGAACUUCCAGGCAAUCAAACAGAGGAGCCCAACGAGACAAGUUCCAUAAACAAACCCACAGGAACAAGCCGGAGCAUCAGUCAAGCAGAACUUGAGAGCUCACUCUUCAAGUAUGAUGGAACAUUUGCAGAUCACUUGGAAAUGUUUAUCCAGCUUGGGUAUGUAGUUCUCUUCUCGUCGGCCUUCCCCAUGGCAGCGGUCUGUGCUCUCAUUAACAACCUCAUCGAGAUCCGCAGUGAUGCCUUCAAGUUGUGCUUCACCUUUCAGCGUCCCUUUGGCCAGAGAGUGUCUAACAUUGGUACAUGGCAGAAUGCAAUGGAGGUGAUGUGUCUGAUUGCUGUGCUGGUGAAUUGUGCUUUGAUCGGCCUUUCUGGGCAAGUGCAUCGUAUGUUUCCUGAAAUGUCCACAACACAGACAAUUCUCCUUAUUGUUGCCCUGGAGCACAUAAUGCUGACAUUGCGGUUCAUAAUAACAUGUGCCAUUCCUGACCUCCCUGAGUGGGUUGCUACAGAAAUGGCUAAAGUAGAGUUUUCACGACGAGAAGCAUGUCGUCGACUUUCUUCUACAACUGCGUCACCAGCAACCAGUGUCACAGUUCCACCACCAGGACUGGUUAUAGGACGGUUUGUUGUCUCUCCUGCCAAUGAGGUGAAUACUGAUACCAGUCAAGAGGAGGCAAAUUGUACUCCAGGAAAUAACACACCGAUAGUUGAAGAGAACCUUCCAACACCAAUAGUAGACAAUGCAGCACCCCCCAUGGAGGAAUCCACUCCACCCCCUAUAUGCUCUUCACCAGUAGACAGCAAGCAGCUCUCCCCAGGCUUGGCAAAGAAUCUACCGAAGAAGUCGCGAGACUGGCUGGGACCUGAAGGGGAGACAUUGGGCUAUCAUCUGACAAUUGGACCACAUGGGGUGGAUUGGACACGGAGACUUGGGCUAGAUCCUGCCCGUAAGGGAAGUGAACCAGAGAUGGGGAGUGCUUCUGGGGGUGACCUGCGGCGUAGCACUGACUGCAUUGCACAUAAAGACCUUGCAGCAUCCUCGGAUUCAGACCUCUUGCGCUCUGCUCCUCCCUGGGUUGCAGCUCACACUCGUUCCAAAUUCCGUUUUUCUCCUGAAAAAGAGGCUUCAUCUGAUAGCAGCCGCACUGUAUCAAGCCAGGAAGGCGAUGAUUCCACCCAUACGGCAUCCCCUGGUGCAGCCGCAGCACCAGCUGCUACAACCCUGACCACAACUCCAAAAGCAGAUGAACUGGCAGCUGCAGCAGCUGCUGCCAAGAAGACAAGGGUGAAACAGAGUUUGAUGAAGCGAGCCCGUAGUGUAGCUAUAUUCUCACUGAAACUGAAGGAGCGGAGAGCUAGAGAAGCAUCUGCCAAGGAGGCAGAAAUGAAGGCUAAGGAGAAAUGGAUGCCACCCCCAAAUGUGGGGGGUGAGCUGUCAUGUAUUCCAAUAGAGAAGCUCAUAUCUGUGGAUGACGUAGCCAUGGACCUCCAGCGUAGGAUGAACCCUUCUGGCAACUUGUAGCCUCUAGUCCAUAGAGAUCAGUGUAUUUCUUAGCAAUACCUCUAUAUCCUAUAUCAUAGUAAGUGUACUAGAUGUUAGUGUCUGUCUAAAUAUUACUUUUAUUUUCCUUAAAUGUCUUAGGCUUUUUAUUUACCUUCUUUGCCAGAAGAGGGAGUAGAGGACUACCAAGCAGUUCCUGUUUAGUUUUUCUGUGGAGGCCACAGGAAGGAAUGCAGAACAUUCCAUGAUCAGAACAGGACGUAACAUAGGUAGAACAAACCAAAUUCUAAACACAUUUUUCAGCUGCUGGUAGUUUAUUUUGGUAAGAUUACUAGAACAAAGCAUGCCAUUGUUAUCAUAGAGGAAAAUUCACAGUUACUGCCAUAGAAUAGACUACGGCCACGUUGUUACAGAAAUACCAUUUCCCUACAGUAUCAGUCAGAACUUAGCAUUCUGCAUGGCAGUAUUAUACUUUCACACUCCAUACAGCAGGUCCAAUACAAUAUUGUUAUGCUAAUGUCUCAUACCUUUUUCAGCUGUUGCCUAAGAAUUUGUAAUAAGGGAGUUUGUUUUUAUUGUCUGCAAUGAUGUUUUGUGUCAAGUGCCUACUGCAAAUUCAAAUUUAAGUUCUGUUAUAUGAAAUAUAAAUUAAUGUUGCAUAUGAUAAUGUAUUGUUAAUAUGAUCAGUGUAUUAUUUUCAGAAAUGUUUCAUAAAAGUCAUGUUGAGACAUUUGCUUUGUCAGCUUUUCUACAGCUCCUCAGAUCUGUUUGACACAAGUGCUGAUGCUUUAUAUUGUCUGGCAGACAGCAAUGGAGUACAUGUACAUUUGUCACCAUUCAUGUGCAUACAAUAUCUUGUCUUGUGUAUUUCAGUCCCAAACAAUACAUAUCAUUACAGAAUUAAUCCAAAACAUUAAUUAAACCCAAAAGAGAUGGAGAACAGGGUUAGGCAAA